AUGGGUGACAGCACCAAGAACGAAAAGCACUCGCCCUUUGCUGAGAAGCAUAUAUCCUUUGAUGAUGGCCACUCGAGCGCCUCUGAUGAGGACCAAAAGGCGGUAGAGGUACAGUCGAGACCCUUCCGGAGUCCCCGGCGUGAAGCACCGCUCCAAUCAGCUGGUGCGGCUCUCCUCUGCACCUCAUACCGUCCCGAACAUCUUGGAGAUCUGUCGCGCGCUCUUUCUAGGCUCUUGUCUACGGAUUCUACCGACGCACAAAAGCGCAAAAGCUCUCUUGUGGCCUCGGAGGCCACUUUGACGCGACCCCGGCGCGCUCAGCAACCUGGCCCAGACAAGGCCCAGUGCAUUGUGCACCAACUCAUUGAGAGCCAGAGGAAGCUGAGUGAGGCAGGCAAGCACAAUAGCCAUGAUCAUGGACCACAUAACGCCGUCACCGGCGAUGACCAAAAAGAGCGAGGCAAAGGCCACGUUAGCUCCCUGACGCCAGCGCUGCACCCAUGUGUUGAGCAGGGAGGGGAGAAACCUAUUGAUUCCAUGGGGACAAGCAGCAGGGAAAGCAGCAAUGGAACCGCUAAUCCCGGUCUGAAGCGCCGCUUCGAUUAUCUCGAGGCUCCUAGUGAUAGCAGUGAUGCCGGACAAGUCGAUGAGCACCAUUGGCGGCACCGCAUAUCCAAGUCUCAGGCUGACAUCGACAUGGCCGGCCAACCCGCGGAUCUACCGGAGGUCGUGCACAGUCGACUUCUCACCAAGAAGCAGCUAAGCGAGAUGGCGUGGGGUGUGCGCGAGCUGAGUCGUCGCCUAGGCAGCAUGCGCCUCAAGUUCCGUGUGAAAUCCAUCUUCCUCCUCACCAAGAUCUACGACGAGGACCUCAUACCCAAGACGCGUGAACUUACCCGCUGGCUGUUGGACAAGGACAGAGACGUCAAGUAUACCGUCUGGGUCGAAAAGUCCCUCAAAGAAAAUAAGAAGUUCAAUGCCUCUGGCCUCCUUGAUGAGCUGCAGCACGACUACCAGUCAAGUGGGGACGUGGCGGAUGAGGAGGCUGCCAAAGGUGUCUCGCGGCGUUUGCGAUACUGGGACGAAAACAUCUGCCGGACGCGCCCUCACACCUUUGACUUUGUAAUAACUCUCGGCGGCGAUGGCACUGUACUGUAUGCAAGCUGGUUGUUUCAGCGUAUCGUGCCGCCGGUCUUGAGCUUUGCGCUGGGUAGCUUGGGUUUCCUCACAAAGUUUGACUUUGAUGAGUACAAGGAAAUUCUGACAACGGCCUUUAACCACGGCGUGACUGUCAGUCUGAGACUCAGAUUCGAGGGCACCAUCAUGCGGAGCACCCAACCAAAGAACCUGGAUGGAGUUGGCAACUCGAGCUCGGCUAGUGAAAGAGACGACGCAGACAUGCAGAGGAAACGUGAUCUGGUGGAAGAGCUAAUCGGCGAGGAGAAAGACGACGAGCAUACCCACAGGCCAGAUGGAACCUAUGAAAUAUUGAAUGAGGUGGUUAUCGACAGAGGACCGAACCCGAAAAUAUUCGGAGACGAUGAACAUUUCACAUCGGUGCUGGCAGACGGAAUAUGUGUGUCGACUCCAACAGGCUCUACGGCCUACAAUCUUGCAUCAGGCGGUUCACUAUGUCAUCCUGAAAACCCAGUCAUGCUUGUCACCUCCAUCUGCCCUCACACUCUUUCCUUCCGACCCAUCAUCCUUCCGGAUACCAUCGUCCUUCGUGUCGGCGUCCCUUACGGGGCGAGAACCGGCUCGUGGGCCAGCUUCGACGGGCGGGAGCGCAUCGAGCUGCACCCUGGUGACUAUGUCACCAUAAGCGCUAGCAGAUAUCCAUUCGCCUCGGUACAGGCGCCAGGUAGACGCAGCGAAGACUGGGUGAACAGUAUCAGUGCGAAGCUUGGAUGGAAUACGAGACAGAAGCAGAAGGCUUUCACUGAGUGGCAGACUUGA